AUGGCUCACGCGGCAGCCGUCUUCUUCGGGCGUCCGAGCCGCGGGCUCGUGCUGGUGGGUGUCACCGGCACCAACGGCAAGACCACGGUCACGUAUCUGCUCGACGCCAUCUUUUCGGCGGCCGGCGACGCGUGCGGUGUCAUCGGCACCAUCAGUCAGCGCUACGGCGGGUGGCAGCGGCCUUCGCCGCUGACGACGCCCGAGUCCAUCGACAUCGAGGAACUCCUCUCCGACAUGGUGCGCGCGGACGUGAGGUUCGUGGCCAUGGAAGUCUCCUCCCACGCCCUGGACCUUCACCGGGCGGAGGGGCUCGAUUUCGACGGCGCGGUGUUCACCAACCUUUCGCGGGAUCACCUGGACUAUCACCGCGACAUGGACACGUACUUUCUCAGCAAGGCGCGGCUGUUCACGGAAUGCCUGCCCGCCAGCGUGAAGGAAAAACCGUUCGCGGUCAUCAACGCCGAUGACCCGCGGGGUCUCGAUCUGAUCCGUUUGGCGGAAGACGCCGGGCUGGUGACCCUCACCUACGGAAGGUCGCCGCAAUGGGAUAUCCAUCCGGUCCGUUUCGAGAGUGAUAUCGACGGGUUGAGGGGGAUCCUGGCGUGCGGGCCGCGGCGGAUCGAAUUCGAAUCAGCGCUCAUGGGUGAGCUCAAUCUCGAGAAUAUCCUCGCCGCCGCGGGAACGGCCUGGGCCCUGGGGCUCGGUUCGGACGUCAUCGCGGCCGGGCUGUCCCGGCUCGAGCGGGUGCCGGGGCGGCUGGAACGAAUUCCCAACGGUCUGGGGAUCACCCUGGUGGUGGACUACGCGCAUACGCCGGAUGCCCUGGACAAGGUCAUCCGCGCCCUGCGCCUGUUGACCAGGGCGAAGUUGAUCACGGUGUUCGGUUGCGGCGGCGACCGGGACCACGGGAAACGUCCCGUCAUGGGAGAGAUCGCGGCGUCGGAAAGCGAUUGCGUCGUGCUGACAUCCGACAACCCGCGCGGCGAGGACCCGCUGGCGAUCAUUCGUGAAAUCGAGGAGGGCGUCCGAGGCCGGGGCAUGAGACGGCUUCGGGAAGGGGACGGCGCCGGGUCGGAGGCCGGAUACCGGGUCGAGCCGGACCGGCGUUCCGCCAUUCGCCUCGGACUGUCCAUGGCGGCUCCGGGGGACGUCUUGCUGGUGGCGGGCAAGGGCCAUGAAGACUACCAGAUCGUCGGAGACCGGCGGCUUCAGUUCGACGACCGGCAGGUGUUGCAGGAAGAGGUGCACGGCGUCGGUGGCUGA